AUGAGGGACAAAAUGAGCCUUUCGCCGGAAGAUUUGAAGCAGAUCAUCAUCGGAGACAAAGUUCCAGCGAAGCCAAAAGUGUACAAAUCUUUUUCAUUACCCGAUGGCAAGCCAUUUCCGAGCCGCCGUCGUGAGAGCGCUCUCAGCACGUUCAAGAAAUCUGUUCGUAGAGGGUUUGCGGGCAGUUUGCGAAGGCUAGAAUCAUAUGCUGGAAGGGUGGCCAAACCCGCAAACAAGUAUAUUCGAUGGAAUUUGCUGUUCACUUUCUUGAUAUUCUUCUCCAUUUCUUCGUCAGUGUGGGUUCCGGCCAUUCCCGGCUUAAACGACUUCGCCUUGGAGAUUGUCACCAUAGUUUGCAUAAUUCUUCACUUAUUAUGGAUGGUCGCUGUCUUCAACGCAUUGCGAUACACAUGGCGCCUACGGCGAUUUGCCUCACACAAGAUCGAUCUCAGCAAGGGCAACAAUCCCGAUAACAUUCUGGUGAAACAUCUGGUCGGGAUUUGCAUCUACAAAGAGCCACUGCAACUUAUUAUGGACACCGUUGACAGUAUUGCAUCGCAACCAGAUGCAAAGUUGAAGAUCACGUGUGUAGUCGGAAUGGAAGGUGGCACUCCUGAUAAGGAAGAGAAAAAACGACUGCUUGAUGAGAAGUACGGAUCCCAGUUUGAUCGAUUCAUUGUCACCUUCCACCCGAAAGGACUUCCUGGCGAUAUUCCAGGCAAGUGCUCGAAUUUCAACUACGCAUGCCGUCAAGCUGUAAAACAACUGCGACUUGAUAAAAAUUAUCCAUUGGAUAAAUCGGAUCGUAAAGUCGAACUAUUAGUGACGACUGGCGACUGCGACUCAAUCUUCGGGGAGCGGUACUUUGACGCCUUGGAGGAGGACUACUUAAAGCUCACAGAACAGGAGCGUCUAUACACUGUAUGGCAGUCACCAUUGUUCUACUGCAUCAAUCUGCACAAGUCGCCGUUCUUUGUCAGGGUUACUGGAUUACUAAGAGCAUUCUUCAUGAUGGGAUAUCUGAUACCGUGGAAUAUCAAUACAAUGAGCAUUUUCUCUCUAACCCUACAACUUCUGGAAAACGGCGAAUAUACUCAUCCGGGAUAUCAGAUGGACGACAUUAUUGCUUUAAUCCGCUGGUCAUUGUCAGUAAGAAGGAAAUGCGUGAUUCGAGCGAUACCCGUAGCUACUCUUAGUGGGCCAACAAGUGGGAAAAACUAUGUCGACGAAUGGUACGAAUGGGCGCGCCAGAUCAGGCGAUGGACGAUCGGAGCCGCCGAGGUGUUCCACUACUUCGUCAUCAAGUUUUUCCAACUUCCGGCAAUGGUUUCCUUUUCAUUCGCAGCGAAAUUCGUCUUCUACUAUGGAUUCCUACUCUGUAUCGCGUCCGUGUACACAAUUGUGGCCCCUUUAGUGACACCUGCGAUGCUCUCGGCUGUCAAUCACGGUGUUUGGGGGCUGGUCAUACCGUCACAGAAUGUCUUCACAUGGAUUAUGCUAGGAUUCCUUGGAUUGCAAUAUUUCUGGUUUUUCUGUGUAUUUCUUGUCAGCUACCUGUGUCAACCAGUGUUCCCGGGCGGAACGAAGGACAAAACAGGAAUCAUUCGUAACAUUUUUCAUUUGAUAAUGACAUGGCCAACAAUCACCAUGUACUGUAUCGUCGAGUUGGUGGCUUUCCUGGAGGUGACGGUACGAGGGAAAUCUGUCUGCUCUCACAAUGCCUCCAAAAAGGACAACUUGGUCGCACCUGUUACGACGGUACCGGAUAGGAUGGAAGUUUGA